UAAAAAUGAGGUAUCAUAUGACAUUUCAUGUUGACAAUGUGUCGUCGUAUUGCAUUGAACAUUUCUUGACAGUUCGUAUUUUUCACAACAUCGGAUAUUAAACACCGUAUUCGACUCGAAUCUUACUUGUUGAUGUCCAUCUAGAUAAAGAGCAAAAUUUAAAAAUGUUACGUCUUUGCCUGAGCAAAACAUUAAAUGGUGGUAAUGGUCGAUUAUUAUUGGCUGUAAGAGCAAGCUCAUCGACAGCAACACCAGCCAAAGCACCCGAAAAGAUUGAAGUUUUUGUUGAUGAUCAAAGUGUAUUCGUUGAACCAGGAACAACUGUGUUACAAGCGGCUGCUCAAGUUGGUGUAGAGAUUCCACGAUUCUGUUAUCAUGAACGUUUGGCAGUCGCUGGUAAUUGUCGAAUGUGUUUGGUUGAGGUUGAAAAGAGUCCAAAACCAGUUGCCGCUUGUGCUAUGCCAGUGAUGAAAGGAUGGCGCAUUAAAACCAACUCAGAAAUGACACGACGCGCCAGAGAGGGUGUAAUGGAAUUUUUGUUGAUGAACCAUCCACUUGACUGUCCCAUUUGUGAUCAGGGUGGUGAAUGCGAUUUGCAAGAUCAAGCCAUGGCUUUCGGUUCAGAUCGAUCUCGUUUCGUUGACAUUCAUCAUACAGGCAAACGUGCUGUUGAAGACAAAGAUAUUGGCCCAUUGGUAAAAACCAUCAUGACCCGUUGUAUUCAUUGUACACGUUGCAUUCGAUUUGCAUCAGAAAUUGCUGGUGUUGAUGACUUGGGUACCACUGGUCGUGGUAGUGAUAUGCAAGUUGGAACCUAUGUUGAAAAAUUGCUUCUCUCUGAAUUGUCUGGAAACAUUAUUGACUUAUGUCCAGUCGGUGCUUUGACCAAUAAACCAUACAGUUUUGUGGCACGUCCAUGGGAAAUUCGUAAAAUCGAUAGUAUCGAUGUACUUGAUGCAAUCGGCAGUAAUAUCAUCGUCAGCACACGUACAAAUGAAGUGUUGCGCGUAGUGCCACGUGAAAAUGAGUCAAUCAACGAAGAAUGGUUGGGCGAUAAAGCACGUUUCUCAUGCGAUGGAUUGAAACGUCAACGUUUGAUUGCCCCAUUGUUGAAAAUCAACGGUGAAUUGAAAGCAGUUGAAUGGGAAAGUGCAUUGAUUGCUGUUGGUCGUAAUUUACAAAAAGCAAAUGGUAAAGUCGCCGCCGUUGUUGGUGGUUUGGCCGAUGUUGAAUCUGCGGUUGCUCUAAAAGAUUUAUUGGGCAAAUUCAAUUCAAAUAAUAUUGCCACUGAAACUACUCUUCCAAAAGCAUGUGCUGGUAAUCGUUCAACUUAUAUUUUGAACACACCAAUCGCCGAUAUUGAAGAUGCUGACGAAAUUUUAUUGGUCGGUACUAAUCCACGUUAUGAAGCACCAAUUUUGAAUACCCGUCUUCGCAAGAGUUACGUUCAUAAUGAAGGAAACAUUUCAUUUAUUGGACCCAAAGUAGACCUAUCAUAUAAAUAUGAGUACUUGGGAGAUGAUGCAUCACUCAUCAAUGACAUCGUUAGUGGAAAACAUCCAUUGUCAAAACGUUUGGAAAGUGCAAAAAAACCAGUCAUCAUUGUUGGUGUUGAUCAAUUGGCUAGACCGGACGGUGAAGCAAUUCUCACAGCACUUUAUGAAUACGGAAAGAAAUUGUCUAAGAAUGGAUGGAAUGCAUUCAAUGUAUUGCAACGCAAUGCUGGCACAGUUGGGGCUCUUGACGUUGGAAUUACAAACACCGUCGAAGAUGUGAUUGCAUCAAAACCAAAAUUGUUAUUCCUGUUGGGUGCUGACGAUAAUCAGAUCACACGUGAUAAAUUGCCAUCAGAUUGUGUUGUCGUUUAUCAAGGACAUCAUGGUGAUGCUGGUGCUACCAUUGCUGAUAUCGUAUUGCCAGGCGCAGCCUAUACAGAAAAACAAGGAACAUACUUGAAUGCCGAGGGUCGUGCUCAGCAAACAUGGACUGCUGUUACCGCCCCAGGUUUGGCUCGAGAAGACUGGAAAAUCCUUCGUGCGCUCAGUGAAGUUGUCGGCCAACCAUUGGCAUACGAUGAUCUUGACGAUAUUCGUGCCCGCUUGGAAGAAAUUGCACCACAUCUUACCAACUACGGCAGACGUGAGGGAACACAACUUGCCUCGUUACCAGCUUCGAAAUCAAAAAUUGGAAGCAACAAAAUCGACAUUCAACAAAAAAAAUUAGAUGAUUAUUAUAUGACUGAUGUUAUUUCAAGAUCGUCGCCAACCAUGGCCAAAUGUAUUGCAGCUGUCAGAAAAUCAGCUGCAACCGCAAGCCAAUAGAUGAGAUACAAUUUAUAAAAUCUUUCUUAUAAUAAUUUUAAAAAAAAAUCUGUUUUAAUUCACAAUAAUGUAAAAAUGCAAAUCAGGAAUACGAAUAAACGUACUUCAACUAGUGAAA